AGCAGGAGUAGAGCGAGCAGCUAAGAGAGAACACAGACACAUAUCGUCCGUUGGCUUGCAUCUGAGUUUUCGCGUGUCGUAUGCCAGUUGUGCUGCUACUUCUCUUUCAAGUAGUUGCGGGCAUAGCACUCUUCAUAUUUCUGCUGCAUUAUUUGUGUUACAUUUUAAAUGCCAUCAUACGCGAUUUCUGUGAGACCCUAAUAACAACGCGUGAAUUUUUGCAACGAUACGAAACGCCAACCACAACAACAACAACAACACCAACAACCACAUUAGAACAUUCCAAAUUGUCCUCUUCUCAUUGCUUUAAAUCGUCCUCCCCGUGUUCGUCAUCGUUGUCGGGCAACUUUAAAACCCAGCGUCGCCUUUCAACUUCAUUCUCUUCGUCGUCGUCGUCGUCGUUGUCGUCGUUGUCAUCGUCGUCUUCGCCUUUAUUGUCAUCAUCAUAUCGCCGUGAAAAUUGUUUCAAUAGUCAACGUCAACGGAAUUUAUCGAAAAUUCCUUUAAAAAUCAAUUCAAAAGUCAUGCAAACCUCCGAUGAUGCAAAAUUCAUUAAAAAACGUUGGAAAGGUGGCAGCAUUGAACCCCAUCCAACAGACAAGGCUUUGAUUGUCAAUUAUCAGCUGGAAGCCACAGUCUUUGGAGAUCCCAAUAAUCCUAUGCUGGAAGAAAAAAAGAAUUGUCAGAAAAUCAUCAGACUGCGCUCGCUUAGUGCUAAAACGGAUCCCGCUGCCUUAGCACGCGAAGUUGUGGACAAAUGUGAUUUAAUUCAUAAAUCCCAGUUAGCCGAUGUUGAGCAGAUUAUAUUCUAUUUGAAGAAUCGCAAGGAUAAUGUCGGAGUGGAUACACAUGACAAUAACAAGGGUCCCCGUUCGGCAAUAGCUUCACAUCGGACCACAGUGCGACCGCACACAACAAUGAGCACCAGCAUGUCAUCCUCGACCAAUUCGAAAUCAUCCGAUUCAUCAGAUGUCUCCAUCAAUCACAUAGACGAAUAUGUGGAACUGUUAUAUGAAGAUCUCAGUGAACGUAUACGAGGAUCAGCCAUGAUACUGCAGGUGGCUAGGAAUCCCGACAAUUUGGAAGAACUAGAAAAGAAUGAGGCUUGUUUGAGUGCUUUAUCCCGUGUUUUACGCGAAGAUUGGCGCAAAAGUUUAGAUCUAUCCACAAAUAUUAUUUAUAUAUUCUUUUGCUUCUCAACCUAUACGAAAUUCCAUUCGGUUAUAGUCCAAUAUAAGAUCGGUUCAUUAUGCAUGGACGUAAUGGAUUACGAGCUGCGACGUUACGAAAGUAUGCGUAACGAAUUGGAUUUACGCAAAAAUCCCGGCGGUUCAGCACCUCUUUCAGCCAAAGCCAGCAAAGAGAAACUGAACACCAGCACAGAUGAUUUCCUAGAUCUCAUGAAUGAGGAGAAACCAAAAGAGAUGGAACCCCCCCGACGCCGUAUACCCGAACUUAAACAACGUCCCAAAUCUGGAAAUUGGUCCAGUUUCCACAGCUCCAUGUCUUCAUCUCUAAUCAAAAGUCAAGUACUGAAUAGCAGCUAUCACGAGGCUCUCUCCACCGGAGCCCAAACACCCGACUCAGGUAUAUCGACCAAUGGUGACAUGAAGGCCACCAGCAAUGAGGCUCUCGAUCGCAAUGAUCCCAAAGCGAAAAAGGAGGAAAUCGAACGUCUGAAUAAACAAUUGAAACUAUUUGCCAAGAAACAAGAGCAACUGCUAAGGGUGGCCUUCUAUUUGUUGCUGAAUAUGGCCGAAAAUGUAAAGCUCGAAGAGAAAAUGCGUCGCAAGAACAUUGUGAAAAUGCUGGUUAAAGCUUUGGAUCGCCAAAACAUUGACCUUCUGAUGUUGGUCACCACAUUCCUAAAGAAGCUCUCCAUAGUGGGCGAUAACAAGGAUGAUAUGAGCGAAUUAAAUAUUGUGUCAAAAUUACCCCGGCUCUUCCAAAGUGGUCAUACCGAUCUGGUGCAAGUUACUCUAAAAUUGGUCUUCAAUUUGUCAUUUGAUGGUCCGCUGAGAAGGAAGAUGAUUGUGGCGGGCUAUUUGCCCAUGCUGGUGAUGUUCAUCAACGAUGAGAAACACCAUAGUAUAGCGGUGAAGAUAUUGUACCACAUGAGUUUGGAUGAUAAGGUUAAGGCCAUGUUUACCCACACAGAAUGUGUGCAAAUGGCCACCGAUGCCAUUAUACUCAAUUUAAAUUCCAAAGUUGAUCUCGACUUGAUUGCCCUCUGCAUUAAUCUUUCGCUUAAUCGUCGCAAUGCCCAGAUUAUGGUCGAAGGCAAUCGUCUGCACAGCCUUAUGGAUAGAGCCUUUAAAUACCAGGACUCCUUGUUGAUGAAGCUGUUGCGUAAUCUCUCCCAGCAUGAGUCCCUGCAGACGCUCUUCAUAGACUAUGUGGGAGAUUUGGCCCAAGUUCUUACCAUCUGUGAAGAUGAAGCCUUUUUGGUGGAAUGUCUGGGCAUUUUGGGAAAUCUCGCUCUGGCCGAUUUGGAUUACUCACAAAUUCUGCAAAAUUUCAAAUUAAUACCCUGGGUGCGAGACAUUCUGGUGCCGGGUGCCAAACUCGAUGAUCUGGUCUUGGAUACUAUUGUCUACCUGGGCACCUGUGCCCAUGAUGAACUAUGUGCCCUGCUCUUCUGUCGAGCCAAUGUGGUCUUAUCGCUUAUCGAAUUGCUGAAGGCCAAACAAGAGGAUGAUGAAAUUGUAUUGCAAAUAAUUUUUGUGUUCCAGCAGAUAUUGCGCCAUGAGAGUACCCGAGAGUAUAUGAUCAAGGAGACGGAGUCACCAGCCUAUCUCAUUGACUUGAUGCACGAUAAGAAUUCUGAGAUUAGGAAGAUAUGCGACUACUGCUUGGACAUCAUUGCCAUUAGUGAUACUGAAUGGGCGAAACGCAUUAAGCUUGAGAAAUUUCGCAAUCACAAUUCGCAAUGGUUGUGCAUGGUGGAGUCUCAACAGCAUGAAGACAAUAACGAAGACUAUCAGGAUGAGGAGGAUGAGGAGCAUGAUUUGGAUAAUUACUUGCGUGGUGAAUAUUUGGACAAUUGCGAUCUCUACAACAAUACGAACAAGGAGAACGAGGACAAUGAGGAUAGUAACAGCAAUAGUAAUAAUCCAGCAAGUCCCGCUAACUCCAGUUACAGUCGUCCAGUUAGUAGUUUCAGGCGCAGCCAAGAUCUUGAUGAUAUCUACAACAUGUCCUUUAGCACCAAAUCUCAAGGAUCCAGCCAGGGGGACUCAACCAGUAAUUACAUGUUUAAGUCCAAUAAAUCCUUGGACUCCGAGGGCUUACACGAAGAGCUUUUACUGGCCUAAAGC